AUGACCCGACGACCCACGCUCCCAUCCUCCCUGAUCAACACCCUCACCUCGCACACCGGCCCCAUCAACGCCCUGACCUUCUCCUCCCUCGGCGGCACCUACAUCCUGACAGGCAGUUCCGACCGCCAAGUGCACCUCUCGCGGACAGAACCCUCAGCUACUCAUCAGCCGUCGCGCCCCAUCCAGAAAUACGCCGCGCACGGGUACCCGAUCCUGGACAUCGCGGUCUCCGCGGACAACCAGACGUUCGCGAGCGUCGGCGGCGAUCGAAGUGUGUUUCUAUGGGACGUGCAGAACAACGAGGGUACAAGUCGGCGGUUCGGGAGUAAUACGUCGCAGGGCCACACCAGUCGGAUCACCUGCGUGUCGUUUGCGGGGGGCGGGGAUUCCGUGCUGGUCAGCGGGAGCGACGACACGAGCGUGCGGCUGUGGGAUGUCAAGUCGCGCGACGGCCGGCCGCUGAUGGUCCUGGAGGAGGCCAAGGAUGGGAUUUCAGCACUGGUUGUCCCGGACGCUGGCCCCGGGCAUGAGAUUGUCGCGGGCAGUAUUGAUGGACGGGUGCGCGCUUACGAUGUCCGCACGGGGAAGGUCACGGCGGAUGUGUUCCCAGGGGCCGUCACCAGCCUGGAUAUUAGUGCAGACGGAAAGACGUUACUGGUGGGAUGUCUGGACGGGCGGAUCAGAAUGAUGGAUCGCAGUGAUGGGACUUGUCUGAGGGCGUUCCCUCCGGAAGAUGACGAUGAGGCGGGAGGGUAUAAAAAUGAGAGUUUGAGGCUGAAGAGUUGUUUUGGCAUGAAUGGCGGGCUGGUGCUCAGUGGGAGUGAGAGUGAUGGGAGUGUCAGGGCUUGGGACGUUCUCGGCGGAAAUAACGUCGGGAGCGUGCAACUCAGUCCGACGGGCAAGGUCAUCAGUGUGGUCAAAUGGCGAGAAGGAAGUCAGGCGCAGGGAAGACAAAGUCUAUGGGCUGGAGGCGGUGCCGAUGGUACGGUCAAGAUAUAUGCUGAGGGAUGA